AUGUCGCUGACCUAUCUUCCAGGAAGACCCAACGACACACAACAAUCUACAUGCCAAUCGUCCUGGCAAGGGCGAAUAGUUUUCGCUUACUGUUCAGGUAAUAACUUAAUUAUCCUGUCAAAUGGCUUUCAACGAUUGCAGACGAUUUAUCUAGAAUCUGAUAGUGUUGCCGUGGAUAUCAAUCCACGUAAUGGAUUCAUUGCAAUUGGUUAUGGUAACAAAGUUGGUAUUUAUAAACCAAAGCAUCAAGUUAUGAAGGCUCCCAGUUGGGUAUUCUGUUGUGAGAUAGUACAUGACGAUUCGAAGGUAAACAGCUUGAGUUGGGGGAAUUUUAAUGAUUUAACGGUGGGUUCCAACUAUCUUUCAUUUUGGAAGAUAAAUGACGAAUUUGGAGUUUACAAACCAGUGCUACAAUGGAAUAAGAAACAACCUAAACCGGUCUAUCUGUGUAUAACGUCACAGUGUUCACAGAUGAUUGCAAGUUUUGGAAAAUAUGAUACCUCUGUGAAAUUGUGGAAGCGUAUAUCAAUUAGUGGUGACCAGGUACUUUUUAAUUUGACUUUGUUACCACAUCCUGCACCAAUAUGUACGAUGAGAUGGAGAAAAUCAGGUCGUUGUGAACCUUCAGAAAACCCAAAUGGAUUACAAGCAAUCUAUACUCUAUGUGCUGAUCAAAAGUUACGUGUAUGGUUAUGUUAUGAGCUUGAUUCUCUGCAUAACGUUCAACAUUGGGCUACUUUACAAUUAGAAGAUGCACAAAGGUACUGUUUUACUAUAGAUAAUUGGCUUCUCAAAGAUCAACGUGAUUUAGUACUUAUUGCUGAUCGAGAGGGCAAUUUGGUCAUCUAUUCUCUAUCGCAUCUGUCAAGUGAUCCGCCAAGACCCAUAGCUAAGGAAAAACUAUCGACAAAGUCCUUUUCAUAUUCUUCAUUCGUGACAAAACCAGAUUUUUUAUAUUUUGCAGAGCUUCAACCUUGUGAUGACAAUACGGACGAUCUUUCCUUGAUCAUUCACGAUUUAAGAGGUGUCAUCAGACAAUCACGCAUAACUGUGAGUCAGUUACUUGAAAGGAACCAUUCUCAAAUUGGUACUCUGGAACAUAAAUUUACUGGUCAUAAUAAAUCUGUUCAAAAAUUGAUAAGAAGUAGUGAUGGUGAAGCUAUGUUAACCAUAUCCAGAUUUCUAGAAUGUUGUGUAUGGUGCCCGCAGCGUUUAUCUGACGAGAGCUCAUUAAAAUUAAGAGGUGUCAUUAUCACAGAGGCCCCAGUAAAACAUGCUAUAAUACACGAGAAGGGAAAACUUGUCAUUUGUCUCCUAGAAAACUCGAAACUACAAGCAUGGGAGUGUGCAGGCAUUGAGGGGAAAUGUGAUUUGAAAAGAUCUCAUCUAAAAUUCGAACAACAAUUGGAAGCCUCCACGGCAGAACAUGGAGAACCGCUAUUGAUGUUAAAUACACCCGAAAGUGUGCACAAUCAUGAUCGUCAUUUCGUUGCAUUAAUUUACAAGGACGGUGCCAUUAGAGCAUUCGAAAUUUCGUCGGACCAGGGGAUCCAAGAGAUUUAUUCCGAGUCUUUAGAAAUACCAGACAACCAAAUACAUCAUAUCGCCACAAUCGACCCAGUGCAUCAAAACUUUUUUAGUGAUAGGCCACUCAUAUCAUUGAUGAGCAAGAAUGCCACUGCGAUUACCUACAAGGCGGUUGUUGAUUGUGAGAAGAAGCUCAUUCAUUGGCAUAAAAGUUGCGAAUUUAAAACAGGAAUGAAAGACGUGGUAGCCCUUCGAGGUUCAUCCACAGGGAAACUGUGUACAGUGCAUUGUAAGGGUAAAAAAAUGUCUCUAUGGGAUUUGAAUAAGCGCGUUUUAGAAUACGAAGAGUCCUUUGAUGAUGAAAUCAAAGAUGUAGAUUGGACAAGCACGGAAUAUGGUCAAAGCAUUGUUUCUAUAGGGUUUUCUGGUUACGCUCUUUUGUACACCCAAUUGAGAUACGACUAUACUAACCAUAAUCCUAGUUAUUUACCAAUAGAAAAAAUUGACAUAACUUCCCACACAGCACAUCAAAUUGGUGAUUCAAUAUGGUUAAAAGAUGGUAUGUUUGUAGUGGCCUCAGGAAACCAGUUUUACAUUAAGGAUAAAUUCCUAGAUCUAAACGAUCCAUUUACUCGUCGUUCCAUCGGUUCCAGAAAAAUUCUAUCAAAUGACAUUCUUCACUUAAGCAGUGUUUUGAAUGGUCCUCUACCUGUCUAUCAUCCUCAAUUUUUGAUCCAAGCAGUCUAUGCAAAUAAACUUCAAUUGGUCAAAGAACUUUUAUUAAGAUUGUUUCUUGAGCUGAGAAAAUUGACAUUUGAAAAUGAGAACUAUUCUAAACUAACAUCAGAUCUAAAAACAAACUACAACAAGUUUCUGACAGCCCAAGACAACCAGUUCGAAAGGGAUCAAUUCCCUGACCCUUACCCCGAAUUCAAUAGGACGGUAGCGUUAGCACUAUGCGAGCAAUUGACUAAAAUAACUUUACCGUAUUUGACCAGACAUCAACAGAUUACUCUGAGUACAGUAGUGGAAGCUGUAGAAGAAAUUUUGAGGAACGAAUCUGUCGUGGAUUACAAUGGAAUACGAUUCCUUUUAGGCGUCAAAUUGUAUGCAUCGCAUAAAAAUGUUCAAAAAACUAUCUUGAUGAGAGAUGUAAACUGGGCUUUACAUUCAGAUAACAAAGAAUUACUUUUAUCGAUCUUAGAUAGCCAUAUCACUUCAUGGGCGGCAGCCUGUGAAUACAGGAUCUCAUUUUGGGCGAAAGAGGAUGAUCUAAUUACAAAAUUCGAGCAAAUUGCAAAAUUUGAGUUUUCAAAAGACGAUAAGAGAGAUCCUUCAAGAUGUGGUAUUUUUUACCUUGCGUUAAAGAAGAAGAAAAUUCUAUUCAGUCUCUGGAAAAUAAGCAUUGGUCAUCCUGAGCAACAGAAGAUGAUAAAGUUCCUAAGCAAUGAUUUCAGUGAAGCAAGAUGGAGGAAAGCAGCUUUAAAAAACGCAUUUGUGCUUCUCAGUAAGCAUAGAUACAUGGAUGCCGCAUGCUUCUUCCUCUUGGCGGAGUGCCUGAAAGAUUGCGUCAACGUAUUAUUCAAACAAGUCAAGGAUCUAGACCUAGCUAUUGGUGUCUGUAGAGUAUUUGAAGGUGAUAAUGGUCCGGUUUUAGGUGAAUUUCUCACUCAGCAAAUUCUCCCUAAUGCAAUCCUACAGAACGACAGAUGGAUCAGCAGUUUUGUGUAUUGGAAAUUAAGGAGACAUGAUAAGGCCAUUCGAACAUUAGUCAUGGAUCCAUUUGAUCUAGAAAAGGAUACAGGGUUAGUUGAUAUGGACGGCGGAGUCAGUAAAUCAUUCCUAGCGGAAGAUCCUGCAUUAUUGAUGCUUUACUCCCAUUUAAGAAAGAGAAAUAUUAAAUACUUUCUAGGAUCAUUGAAAGUGGAAGGUGAAUUGGAGUACAGUUUAAUUGGUAGAGUUGCUGAUAUUCUAAGGAGAAUGGGAUGUGACUACUUGGCACUGUCGUUGGUGAGAAAUUGGGAAUUUAUUGGUGUACAUGAGAAGUUAAUAUCUUCUAAGAACGAACAGAAGUCUUCGGAACUUUUCUCUAAUGUCACCAAUUCUCAUCCAACGAACAAAAUGAAACCCGGUAUGUUCGAAAAGUUCGAAAAUGAUUCUCCUGAUGUGACUUCCAGGCGCAAGACCAAAAACUUGUUAGAUGAUUUCUUUACCGACUUGCCCAGUGAAUCAUCUGCGUCACCAGCUCCAACACAGGAAACCCAUGAUGAUUUACCAGCUUCAGCUGAUGAAACUAAACCAUCUACAACAGCUUCUCGCAGUUUGUUAGAUGAUUUUGGGUCUCAAGAACCAUCAGUUCCCAGAGACACUUCUGCGACAUCCUCUACUACGAUCGAACCUGUUAAGAGGACCCCACCAUCGCAACCUCGCAAUCUAUUAGAUGAUUUCAUGUAG